ACAACACUGACGGUGUUGAAAUUGUCUGACAAUGACAUUGGUGAUGCUGGUGCAGCAGGUCUAGGUGAGGCGCUUAAAUCCAACACAACACUGACAGUGUUGAAAUUGUCUCAUAAUGACAUUGGUGAUGCUGGUGCAGCAGGUCUAGCUGAGGCGCUUAAAUCCAACACAACACUGACAGUGUUGAAACUGAGUUACAAUGAUAUUGGUUAUGCUGGUGCAGCAGGUCUAGCUGAGGCACUUAAAUCCAACACAACACGGAGAAUGAAUUUCUUUCGUCUAGCUGAGGCGCUUAAAUCCAACACAACACUGACAGUGUUGAAAUUGAGUAACUUUCACAUUGGUGAUGCUGGUGCAGCAAGUCUAGCUGAGGCGCUUAAAUCCAACACAACACUGACAGUGUUGAAAUGGAGUUACAAAUGACAUUGGUUAUGCUGGUACAGCAGGUCUAGCUAAGGCGCUUGAAUCCAACACAGCACUGAGAAUGAUUUUGUUUCCAUGAUAUUCCGUUGAGAAGCCUAUUUAGAGUUUUUGUUUUUGAAUGAACACUGACAGAUCUUGUAUGUGACAUGUAAUUCGAGACCAACUGGCUUUUAAGUAAGAUACGAAUUGCUUCGCUUUCAAAAUUUCUUACCACUCGGAAGUCCAAAAGUAGUUAAGUUUUUUAAUCAUCUCCACUGCAAUGGAAUUUUCUAAUAUUUUGUCCUUUCUUCAGCCGUUACACUAUGAAUUCGGAGUUGAGAUCUGAUUGGCAAAAUUACACAAGUAAUCGCUAAAAUUUUUCCCGGUUUGACGGUUUAAGGCAAGCAUGUACUGUUGAGUUAGCGGGGAAAAAAGUUCCGGGGCUUAAAAUAGAAACAAGUAUAGUGAAGGUCAGCCUAGUCUCUGGACCUCUCUCUUUCCAGACGAAACUAAGCCGAGGACUCCUGGGAACAACCGAGAGUAGACCACUUUCGAUAUUUUAAAAUUCAGCUUGGCAGCGAGGCUUAGAAGACAUAAACAAUGGAAAUUCAAUGACCAUGUUUAUUCAUUUCUUUUUGUUUAUGUCAUCUAGGCCUCACUAUCAAGCUGAAUUUUAAUAUAUCGAAAUUGGCCUAUUGCUGUAUUGUUUGUCAUUCAUGUAAAAAUGUUUGCAGAAUUGUAUCUGCAUGUAUUAGUUUAUCGUAUGUUUAAUAAACGACGUAAAUAGACAAUUUUUCUAUGUUUAUCCGAGUUUUAAUGUGUUGUUUCAUGUGUUUGUGACAAUCUGUAUUUACGUAACUAGCUAGGACUGAGAAAUACACAAGCCCUGAUACGUAAAGGAAAUUACUCUAUUGGUCUCUAUUCGCAACAGUUGUUAUACCACGAUAAUGUUUCAAAAGAUGUACAUGUAAUGUAUAAAUGAGAGUGAAUUGUUGUAAUAAAGGUAUCUUUAAUCUGGAA